AUGGACAGACCUCAGCUCUAUCAACCGGAGCCCUUUAAGUUUGGUUAUGGAAGAGUUAGCCAGUACCGAAGAGUUGGGCAGCAACCCAGAAGAAAAAAAGGCUCAUUCAAAAGGAAGGGGAUGGAAAGAUGGCACAGAGCUGUGUCUACCAACUUAGUAAAAGAGAAUGUAUUGGUCCCCAAAGAGGACUCAUCUAGUAGUAGUGACAUGGAAUUUCAUGAAAGCCAGCAAAAUCAGAAAAAAAAUUUGAUGAAGAAAGUGAAGACUUUUGUCGGCAGAAUGUUGUCAUCCGAGUACAGAUGCAAGCCCACAAAUGUCAGUGGAGAGGGAACCACACAGAGCCUUCUUCCUAGAAUUGUCAAGGAGCUUCCAUCACCGAGGUUAUUCACCACACCAAGGAUCAGAAAGCUCUCACAGAAUGCGACUAUACAACUUGAUGUUGUAGAAGCAGAGACAGAGAAGAUAACCCAAGGAAAUACACUCCUCCGAGCCAGGAGAACCACCAGACGGUUAUCUGUGACAUCCCUUCCUUCAGGACUGCGGAAGGUUCCAUAUUCCUCAAAAAAGAGACCACACUUUCCAGCACUUAAAAAGAAAAAACACAGCAUGGACAACAUCCUCCGAAAAUCAGAUUUGACAGUAGGAAACCUUCAAACGCAGGUGGAUGACCUCAUAGAAACAAUGACUGAUAAGUCCAUGAAGUUACUGGCCCAAAGACACGCUGAGCUUCAACAGUGUGAGUUUCUAGGGGACGAAAUUCUUCAGUCUUCUAAGCAAUUCCAGAGGAUUUCCAGGAGAACCAUGAGGAAGUAUAAACUGAAAAAUGUGUGCUUCCCAUGUACCUGCUGCUGCUUCUGA